GGAAGUCCCGCCCAGGCAGGAGAAACUUCCGGUCCCAACUGCUUGUGUUGAGGGAGUAGAGCCAGCAGCUCCGUGAUGGUGCUGUUGGAAAGUGAGCAGUUCCUGACGGAGCUGACCAGGCUCUUCCAGAAGUGUCGGUUGUCUGGCAGCGUAUUCAUCACCCUGAAGAAGUAUGACGGUCGAACUAAACCCAUUCCAAGGAAGGGUACUGUGGAGGGCUUUGAGCCUUCUGACAACAAGUGUCUGUUAAGAGCUACUGAUGGGAAGAAGAAGAUCAGCACUGUGGUGAGCUCCAAAGAAGUUAAUAAGUUUCAGAUGGCUUAUUCAAGCCUAUUGAGAGCCAACAUGGAUGGGCUGAAGAAGAGGGACAAAAAGAGCAAGAGCAAGAAGAGCAAAGCAGCACAGUGAAGGGUACCUGACUUCCUGCUUUCACCAACUAACCACCGAAUUGCUAUUUUUCCUUGGGUUUUUACUUUUGGCCACACACAACCCAGCUAGGUUUCUGGUUUCCCCACAGUGGCUGUUUUCAAGUGAGAUAUAGGGUCAUUUUGGAGGGAAGAAAGGCAGAACAGGGCUGCCAUGUUUAUAAGGUAGUUGUAGUAAGAAGCCACGCUAUUUUAGACCUGGCUAAUUGGUCUGUGUUGCAUGGUUGUAUAUUCCUGGAUUACAGUUUAAAGGCCUUUAGCAUUCUCUGUGAAGAGCAAUGUAUCAUUAAACCCAUCUGUUUAUCAGCCUGAAUUCCUUUUAUUCCUUUUCCCUACCCCAAUUUAAUAGUUGCUGACAAUAACUACUAAUUCUGGAAUGAUGUGAUUAAUGAAUAGGCUUUAGUGGAAUUGUCUAGGUUGUUGGAACCAAAAGAUAACAAUUUUAUAAAAAGUUAUCUCGUGGGCAUUCUUGCCACCUGGCUGUAUAAUUUUAUCAUUAUAGGUCCUUGAUUUUAGCAAGUUUGAAUGAGUUCUCACAGCCAAAUGAGAGUUUGCUUAACCACCUUAGAAUAAGGAUAUUAUAAAAUCAUCAAGAAUAAAAGAUCCCAAGGUAAUGACUUUUUUUAUAAAAUGCUCUUUAGUUUGGCAUUUUCACGUCUAAUCAUUAGGGCAAUGGGAUGAACAAAGCCAUUUUCUUGUGUUCCAGCUCCAGGAAAUCUUUGGUGUUAAUAAUAGAUUAACAAUGAGAAAGCAGCAGAUAUAUGAAAGCAUUUAUUAUAUUCAGAAGGAUAUUUAUGAUAUUACACAUGUAAAACUGACAAAGCUCAACUUUGUAGGACAGCCUCGUAGAAUUUAAUUUAAAAUUAUAGUGAAUGUACAACAUUCCAUAGUAUAAACCCCUGCCUGAACAAUGUAAUGACAGUUCUUUAGGAUUAAAAUAAGAUUCUGUAGUAGUCAUCUCUGUAGCUAUACAGGAAUAGUACAGACACCCUGCAAAAGAAGGGAAAAGGCUGAUUAAAAGGACAGACUAUAGGUAAGCAUAAUGGGUAAAGAAGAGAGUUAAUAAAAGAUGUAUAUAUUUAGAACACUUAAAAGAUGUAUAUAUUUAGAACACUUAAACUGUAGGAGCUUUGUUCAAGCAAAAACAAGAUGGAAGGCUAGUCACUAAAAACUCACAUGUGUUUUACAGAAGCUGUGACUACUGGGAAGGGCCUGCACUAUGAGGUCCUAUAUGAGGAGAGCACCAUUCACCUCCACAGGCUUCACUGCUGCCUUUUAAGUGGAUAACAUGUGGUCACAAAGUGGUCACAGCUAUUUUCUUUCAUUUAACUAUAUUUCUUCAAGAGAGUUACCUGGGUGAACAAAUUACAAAUGGAAUAGCUAUCCCUGGGACCACUGUGUUUCAUCAGUGACAAAAUCACAGCCAUGUGAUUGACAGUCCUGGGCAAGAUUUACUGGUUGCCAGUAGUAGUUCUAACAUAACAGGCUUAUCUGACAUCAAACCUUAACAAGGCAAUAAAAUACAUGUUACUCUAAAACCCCUCCCAGAGGGCUAACCCAUGUGAAACCUACUACACCUAAAUGAUUACUUACUUUUUUUCUACUUUGAUGUUAUAAAUUUCAUCACAGACUAAUUUGAGGUAUCUCUGCUUUGGCAAGCGUGACAGCAGCUGCUUCACAGUUGUAUUAAAUGCCUGUUCAUCAGCAUCCCACUGGGAAAAAAUAGAUAAGUCUUAACAGCUGGGCACUAGAGUUUAUUACCUGGCCUUUUCUGGAUCACUGGUGAAAUGCCAAUGCCAUUCCCCCUUAAAAAAUACUACAAGAAAUAAGAAAGCGGGAACCAGGAGAACUGUGGGGAGACUGCUGCUGGUAGUUCUUCCUUUGACAUACUGUUUCGUUUUAAAAACAAGACUACCUUUUUAAAGCUUGGUUAAUAAUGCUGCAGUCCCAGUGUGCUAAUAUGACUUUAGUCCAGUUAUUUCUUCGUAUGGUUUCCUAUGUAUAAAACGGAUACCAUCUUUGAUAUGUAUUCAUUUGAAAUGGAUCGUAAAUCAGUAAUUUGCCAGUAUAGUGUGUAUGCUUAUUUGCAAGACAGCAACAGAAAACAGUAUAUGUUAGUUCUGUGGCAAAUUUCAUUUUUCAUCUAAUCUGAGACUAAACACUCUGGACAAAAAAGUUACUCUUUAUGACAUGCAGAAAUCACCUGUAGCUGUGAUUACAGUUAAACAUUCUGAAUAGCAAAGGGAACUAUUAAUUCAAAUUAUAAAAGUUCUAAUCUGGCUAUUUGAUGAUAAGGUAUGUAUUUGUUAAAAAAAAAAAAA